AUGGAAGGAAGGAACGUAUGUCUACUAACUGCCACUCUUGUAGUCCUUGGCAGGCCGGCAUUGAGCGAUCGGUCGUUUCACAUCGACUACGACAAACACACUUUCGUCAAAGACGGCCAGCCUUUCCGCUUGGUGGGCGGGUCGAUGCACUACUUUCGCGUACCCAGGGCAUACUGGGACGACCGCUUGCACAAGAUUCGAAUGGGCGGGCUCAACGCCGUAGACUUCUACAUCGACUGGAGCGGCCACGAGCCGGAACCGGACCAGUACAACUUCCUCGACAACUACGACGUCGUGGCUUUCCUCGAGGCCGUCAAGAAGGCCGAUCUUCUAGCCGUUGUCAGGCCCGGUCCAUUCAUAUGCGGCGAGGUCGAAAACGCCGGCUUCCCUUACUGGCUUCUGCGCAAGCACCCGAACAUGCACUACCGCACCAUGGAAAAAGAAUACCUGGAGGAAGUCACCAAAUGGUUCAACAAGCUGCUUCCCAUGCUCGUUCCACACCUCUACAAGAACGGAGGCCCCAUCAUCAUGUUCCAAGUCGAGAACGAGUACGGUCACCUGGACAACGGAUGCGACCCCAAGUACAUGGAGUUCAUGGUGUCGCUGCAGGAGAAGCUGCUGGGAAAGGACGUGGUCAUGUUUCGAACGGACUUCCCCAUAGAGCGACGUUUCAACUGCGACAAGGUGCGCGACAUACUGGUGGCAGGAAACUGCGAUCCCAAGUGCAACACGUCAAUCUUCAACACGAUUCGCAAGGCACAGGUCAAACCGGGAGGACCCAUCCUCCUGGCUGAGUACUACACGGGCUGGAUGAACUUCUGGGGCUGGAACGACAAUCCUGCGUACCCGCCCGGAGUAGUGGAGACCUUCAAGAAAAUGAUGGACGAGGGAGGAAACAUCAUCUUCUACAUGUACCACGGAGGCACCAGCUUCGGCUUCAAGGCGGCCACCAGCGGUGACUCGCCGCUAGUGACGAGUUACGACUACGACGCCCCUAUUGGCGAAGACGGGGACCCGAAGGCUUACUACUAUCCCCUGAGAGACGCCAUUGGCAAGUACUUACCACUCAAGCAAGGAGACGUUCCCAAGGGAUCGCCGAAACUGAAGAUAGACGCAGUGUCCAUGUCCCGAAGUAUGGCUCUUGAAGAAGUCAUGGACCACUUCCGGAACAAGGGCUGGCUCAGGAAGACCAAUUCCAAGUUUCCAGUGACUUUCGAGCAGCUGGGACAGGACUUCGGGUUUCUUAUGUACCGCACGGAGGUGCGCGAGGCCUUUAACGAACCACAGUUGUUAAUAGUGCACGGUCUGCGCGACAUGGCGCAGCUCUUCGUCAGGGAUGAACGGCACAUGAUGCGCUGUUUCGACACCAGCCGCUUAGAAAUAAGAAUGAACGCGACCGUGAGACUCAACAAGGGAGAAAAGAUCUCAAUCCUCGUGGAAAACAUGGGCCGCGAGGACUUUGGGCAGAAGAAUCGCGACCCCAAGGGUCUCCAGAACGUGACGGUGAAAGGUGCAAACAUGACCGACUGGACCAUCGAGGCCGUGCCGGUGACGCAGAACAGGGACGUCAGCGAGCUGAUGCACUUCUGCACGACUGGACAGAGGCCGUUGGACACGUUUCUCGACCCUUCAAACUACAGCAAAGGAAUCGCCUUCAUCAAUGGCAUCAACUUGGGUCGGUACUGGCCCGCGGCCGGACCGCAGGUCAGACUCUACGUUCCGGGCGUGUUCCUGAGACCGCAUCCCGAAGAGAACAAGCUCAUCUUGUUCGAGCUCGAAGGGCUGCGCAGUAACAAAGGCGAACGCGGUGUGAGCUUCGCCGACAAACCUUACCUCACCGCCGAUACAGGAAGCCCCCAUCCUUAA